AUGGGGUCAGAGGAGGGUAUGGAAAAACAUAGCAUGAAUGUGCAAGUACUCAUUAUGGUAGUGGAAGUGUUCAUCUGGAGAGUAGAUGAGCUCAUUGAGAAACUCAAGAAAUCGGUAGCACAACUAAGUUGGGAAAGUGUAAUUACCUGGCAUGGAGAGUAA